UGCACCUGGAGAGGAUGGGCCAGUCGGGGAAGGACUGCUGGUCACUCAUAGCUGUGUGUCACCCCUCCCACCUCCCUCUGCGGAGACGCAAAGUCAAGAGUAGGAAGAAGCCAACCUCUGAGGUCACGACCCCCAGGAGACCUGGAGGACUGAAUGCUGCUGCCCCCAAGGAGGAGGCUGCCGUCUUAUCCCAGGAGGGAGAGCAGGAAAAUAAAAAGGUUCAAAAGGAAGUUGCUGCGUAUCCAUCUGAGGCCUCUGAGGACAGCAAAGAGCAAAGGCCCUGGGACCGGGUCUCCGUGCCCAUGACAGAGCUCUGGCUGGACUGGUUCUCAGCCUCUAACACCCCCAAGACUCAGAACCGUGAAGAAAAUCUUUCCAAUAAAUCCAAGAGUUGCUGCUGCUAUAGGCCAGGCUGCCACCUCUCGGGGCCUCCGUCUUCAGACAAACCCAGCCUGGCUUCAUCCACACUCCCUGUCCCCACAGCUGCAGGAACAGCACUUCCUGCCACCGAGCCGUGUGACCACAGUGGAUUGUCUCUGGAGGGGCCCAAGGGGGCCCUGGCCACCUUUCUGACUGACUCGGUGCCAGGAGACAGACCAACGUCCCUCUCGUGCUGACAGCCGGGCCGCACCCUGGCAUGAGGGCAUUUACAGAAAUGCUGGCGGAACUGCUGCCAGGGAGGCUGUAGGGUCCUCUGGCAAAAGAGGCCUCAGGUGGCUCCUCAGAGUGUCUGUGGUUCUCUGUCCCAGGCUGUUCCCUAAGAAGGUCUGCCCAGGACUCAGGUAAUCAUAUGCUCAUUAGAAACUCCUGGGCACUGCCUGUGUGCCCAGCCCAGCCCAUUAUGUCGGUGAGGACAGACGUGGAGGACAGCAGUCCCUGCCCUUGGUUGGGGCUCCAGGCCAGCAAGGGCCACAGCCCCAGAAGGCAGAGCAGGAAGACAGGACUCGGGGCAGGUGAAGCAGCCUUCUCAUUGGCAGAAGGGAAACAGAAGCCCAGGGUGGGGAAGGGUGGGGAAGGGUGGGGAAGGGUGGGGAAGGGUGGGCCCGGGGUCACACGGGGUAAUGGCAGAGCCAGGACUAGGGUCAGGGUCUCUGGCUCUCAGCUGCCCAUGCCACCUCCUCCUUCUCUGCCCGCCCCAGUGCCUCAUGGGCCCAAGGUUGACUCCCGCCCUAGGGCAGGCCAGUGACCCACAGGGCUCAUACAUGGCCCCUGGCCAAGCCUGUGGGCCCUGCCUUACCCCUACCGGGAGGAUGGCACCUAGGGUUGGAGCCAAACAAGUGUCCUCCUCCAGCGCCAGCCUGGCCCCGAGUGCAAACUCGUCACUGGUCAGGGGUCCGGACAGCAGCAUCCCUGAGGGCCGAGAGAGGGGGCCAGUCCUGUGGUGAGGUUGAGAGGUGUCAACGUGCUGGCGGUCCUCGCUCGCUCUCAGCACCUCCUCAGCCUCAGCGUCUGCUCUGACCACACUUGAGGAGCCCUUCAGCCCAGCGCUGCACUGUGGGAGCCCCUCUCUGGGCUGGUGGAGGCUGGAGCCAACUCCCUCUGCUUGCGGGGAGGUAUGGAGGGAGAGGCGUGGGCAGGAACCUGGGUUGCUCACGGGCCAGCACCAGUUCCGGGUGGGCAGGGGCUCAGCGGGCCCUGCACUCGGAGCAGCCAGCUGGUGCCUCCAGCCCCAGGCAGUGAGGGGCUUAGCACCUGGGCCAGCAGCUGCGGAGGGGGCGUUGGGUCCCCCAGUACUGCUGGCCCGCCGGCGCGCACCACACUUGAAUUGUCGCCAGGCCUCAGUCACCUCCCCGCGGGGCAGGGUUCGGGACCUGCAGCCUGCCAUGCCCAAGCCUCCCCAUGGUGGGCUCCCUGCGAGGCCCGAGCCUCCCACACGGGUGCCUCCCACUGCUCCACGGCACCUGGUCCCAUCCACUGCCCAAGGGCUGAGGAGUGCAGGUGCCCGGCGUGGGACUGGCAGGCAGCUCUGCCUGUGGCCCUGGCAUAGGAUCCACUAGGCGAAGCUGGCUGGACUCCUGAGUCACGUGGGGACUUGGAGAACUUUUAUGUCUAGCCAGAGGAUUGUAUAUGCACCAAUCAGCACUCUGUGUCUAGCUCCGGGUUUGUGGAUGCACCAGUUAGCACUCUGUAUCUAGCUAAUCUGGUGGGUACUUGGGGAACCUUUAUUUCUAGCUAAAAGAUUGUAAAUACACCAAUCAGCACUCUGUGUCUAGCUCAAAGUUUGUAAACACACCAAUCAGCACCCUGUGUCUAGCUGAAGGUUUGUAAACGCACCAAUCAGUGCUCUCUGUCUACUCUAUCUAGCUAAUCUAGUGGGGACUUGGACAACCUUUAUGUCUAGCUAAGGGAUUGUAAAUACACCAUUCAGCACUCUGUGUGUAGUUCAAGGUUUGUAAAUAUACCAAUCAGCACUCUGUGUCUAGCUCAGGGAUUGUAAAUGCACCAAUCAGCACCCUGUCAAAAUGGACCAAUCAGCUCUCUGUAAGUGGACCAAUCCGCUGUCUGUAAAAUGGGCCAAUCAGCAGGAUGUGGGUGGGGGUCAGAUAAGGGAAUAAAAGCAGGCUGCCUGAAGUGGCAGCGGCAACCUGG